ACGCCGGCGACCUUCGCAGCCGGUGUCUGCUCCCGCACUGCCCGUCUCCCGCCCCGCUCCGUGCCCGCGAUGCUGGCGCUGCGCUGCGGGCCCCGCCUGCUCGGCCUGCUCCCUGUCCCGCGGCCCGCGCCGCUGCGCCUCCCCGCGGCCCGCGCCUGCAGCAGCGGCGGCGGCCCCAACCCGGCUGCCUCCUCUGCCGGGAACCCGCUCGUGUACCUGGACGUGGGCGCCGACGGGCAGCCGCUCGGCCGCGUGGUGCUGGAGCUGAAGGCAGAUGUUGUCCCAAAGACAGCAGAGAACUUCAGAGCCCUGUGUACUGGCGAGAAGGGCUUUGGCUACAAAGGCUCAACGUUCCACAGGGUGAUUCCGUCCUUCAUGUGCCAGGCAGGUGACUUCACCAACCACAAUGGCACAGGUGGGAAGUCCAUCUAUGGAAGCCGCUUUCCGGAUGAGAACUUCACGCUGAAACACGUGGGACCAGGUGUCUUGUCCAUGGCGAAUGCAGGCCCCAACACCAAUGGCUCCCAGUUCUUCAUCUGCACCAUAAAGACAGACUGGUUGGAUGGCAAACAUGUUGUGUUCGGCCAUGUCAAAGAGGGCAUGGAUGUUGUGAAGAAAAUAGAAUCUUUCGGCUCCAAGAGUGGGAAGACGUCCAAGAAGAUUGUCAUCACAGACUGUGGCCAGUUGAGCUAACCCAUGGCUGGGGGUGCUAGGGUGGUAGCAGGUGUGUUGUCUCCCCAAGGUAGGCACUUUGGGCUCUCACUGUAGGUGCUCAGAGAGCUGCUGCCUGCUCCACCAGACUGUGUGCUUGAGAAAGGCCUCUCAGGAACCUCAGACCCCUGCUGACCACAUCCCCAAUAACCCACCCUUUCUCACGGCCCCGCUACUGGACAUCCACUGUGGACGUCGUGUCUCGCACCCCUCAUCACCCAGCUCACCUUCCUCUGUGCCUUGUCUGUUGGCGGUGGAGAUGGGGGAGCAGCGAGUGAAGGCUUUCUGCCGUUUACUUGACCAAAGGGGAAAGCCAGUUGCUGCAGAAGGGUUAUGAUACCUGUUUAAUUUCACCCCCCUAAUUGGAAUAAUUUAAUUACUAAAAUUAACUAGAAACAAAGCUGUGACACUACACCAUGCUGUGGCGUGACCUGAGUGUUACAAGCUUGGCUUUGGAAGCGGAAUUCAGGGCUUUUAUGAAGUUUCUCAGGUCCGAGGUCCCUUAUCCCGGCAACUGUGAAUCCCUUAGAUUUGCUGCCAUGGUCUGUGAGAAGGGUCCAUGUGAUAGAAGCAGAAGGACCCAGAAAGAAAGCCAGCGUGAGCUGUGCCUCACCAAUGUGAACGCCUGUAUUGGAAGUUGAUGUGGCCUGGGAGAGGGCCAUGUGCUCUGGAAGGAAGAAAAUGUGUAUUUGCUGGUGGGCUUGGAUUUUUCUGUGUUUAAUAAAUUAAAUUUACUGAUUA